AUGUGCAAACACAUCCUCAACGCACAGGUGUCGAUCCGAGCGCCGUGCUGUCAGAAGUUCUUCGACUGUCCACAAUGUCAUGCAGAGUCACAAGACCACGAGUUGCGGAAAACCAUCGAGAUGGCCUUCAUCUGCAAAAAGUGUCGCAAGGCCUUCCGUAAAGAUCUCACGCAAUACGAAGAGUCGGACGAGUUCUGUCCGCAUUGCGAUAAUCACUACGUGAUCGACGCGAAAACGCCGCAAGCGGUGCUGUCGGUGGAAGGCGAAGAUGCGCGGGUGGACAACCGCAUGCUGCGCGACGACCGGGUGAAGUACGAUCCACGCAAGGACUUUUACUUUCGUCGCGUGGCGGCGCAGGAGACGGAGCGCAUCGACGAGGGCGGCUGGCUGCAGGCGAUCAAGGAUCGAGCCGCUGGCAAGCUCGGCCCCGACGGUCUACCAUUGGACGCAGCGGGACCAGUGGGGGAAGACGGCAAACCCCUGCUCGACGCUUCCGCACUCAACGGCGGUCCAGCGGGGAAACAGUGGAGCAAGUUCAACGACGAUGAUCUCGACUGGUCGUAA